AAAACGCUAAUCACGUGUUAAUUUGCAGCGCUUAAUGCUCUGCUUUGGGUUUUGUAAUUUCUAAACUGGUUUUAGCAGGGUAAAGACAUGGCGCUGUUCUAUAACGUGGACACCUGGAUUGAGGCGAACAAACCACAUUUUAAUCCUCCUGUUUGCAACAAACUCAUGCACUUUGGUCAGCUGAAAGUCAUGUUUGUUGGAGGACCCAAUGAAAGGAAAGAUUAUCAUAUUGAAGAAGGAGAAGAGUUGUUUUACCAGUGGAAAGGUGACAUGUGCCUGAAGAUUCUAGAAAAAGGAAAGCAUAAAGAUGUACACAUUCGAGAAGGAGAGAUGUUCUUGUUGCCAGCACGAAUUCCCCAUUCUCCACAGCGUCAGGCAAACACGGUUGGGCUGGUUUUUGAAAGGACUAGACUGAAAACAGAACUGGAUGCCCUCAGAUAUUAUGUAGAGAAUUCUACCGAUGUCCUGUUUGAGAAAUGGUUCUACUGUAAGGAUCUGGGUACCCAGCUGCCACCGAUAAUAAGAGAAUUUUUCAACUCUGAAGAAUACAGAACUGGAAGGCCAAACCCAGACAAUUUACGGAAAGAACUUCCAUUUUGUAUAAAUAAUGUCAGUACUGUGAUGGAGCCCUUCUUGUUAAAGGACUGGAUCAGCACCCACCGUCAGGAUAUUAAAAUAAAGCAGGUUGUGGACCUGUUUGGUGACUACUUUGAAACUCAGACAGCGGUAUUUGGUUCUGGACAUAGUGAAGACAAGGGAACUGCAGACUCUUGGAUUUGGCAGUUGGAGGGUACAUCUGUGGUGGUAAUGGAUGGCAAAAGUACCAACCUAACAGCAGGAGACAGCCUUCUCGUGCCAGUAAAGACUAAGUAUACUUGGAAAAGGGCUGAAGGAACCGUUGCACUUCGUGUCAUUCAGGACCCAGCAAGGAAGAGACCCUAUAAUAAAUAAGACAGCUUUAAGCACAGAGUAAUCUUUACUUGAAUAAUUGGAAAUUAAUUUUUAAGAUUGCAAAUACAAAUUUUGGAUAGAUAAAUCCAUUAAUACCAAGGUUUUAAAAUCAUGAAGAGGAAGAGAAACAAUUACAUUAUUCUAUCAAUCAUGUUGUGAACAGAAUUACAAAAAUAUUUCAACUUGUAUCUAAAUCAAUUUUUAAUCAAAUAUCUUAAUUGCAAUUCAUUGCUUUGUUGUAAUACUGUAGUAUGUAAUUUGUUAUUGUUAAUUGCAUCAUAUGCAAUCUUUGCAAGUAAAAAUCUCAAAGUCUGAAAAAUAAAACAACACCACAGCUGUGGAAAAUCUGAAACAAAACAGGAAAU